AUGCCUCGCAAGAGCUUCUCGCUCAACCCUCUGCUCAAGGUCUCGAGACCGGUAUCUGCCUGCUCGCGAUCUUGCACCGCAUGUGAAAAGGCAGGCCGUGCAAAUGAAUGUUCAGCAGCAAAUGAUCAGUUUGCUAGGGGAAAGGAGAGAAGCUACGUCGCUGCUCUGGAACUUCGUAUCGAGAAGCUCGAGAGGCGCCUCCAGUAUGCCAAGAACCGCAAGGCCUCUCUGGGCGUCCAAGAGCCCGACCUGUCCUCCUUGGCCCAGCCGGUCGACGAGGACGACAGGCGUGAUUCCAUGGCUCAUAUCCGCGCAGCUAUCCACCGCAAGGCUGCUAGGAGUCGCGAGAACUCUGACGUCAACACUCUUGUAUCGGAUUUUGGCUUCCUCUCCGUCCACGCCAACACCAGAGACUUUGGCCCUACGGUCGGCAACAUGACCUUUUCCCGACUCGUCCUCACAGCCGCCACGAACGACGCCCUUCCCGAGUCGUCUGGGGUCGAGCUACCCCCGUGGGAGACGGCCGAGGCCGUCGUCGACCUGUACAUGGCCAACUUCCACUCCCUGUUGCCCUUCUUCCCGGAGUCGACGCUCCGGUCCACCAUGCAGGACCUGUACAGCCAGGAGGACCGCUUCAUCAAGGAUCUGGAUCUCUGGCUCUUCUACAUGGUCCUGGCCGUCGGCUCAGUAGCCCAGACCCGCGUCAUCCACGACGACUGCUACAGGAACGGCGUCAGCUACGCCAGGAAGGCCCUCGAGUUUGCCGACCGCGCCCUGACCCCCGGGCAUAUCUCCCAGAUCCAGUCCCUCCUCCUCCUCACCCAGUACUCCAUGCUCGACCCCGCCCACUUUGACGCCUGGCACCUCAUAGGCUUCACCACCAGGGCCGUCGUCGACCUCGGCCUCCACCAAGACCCCCCCCUGUCGUCGGUAGCCGACAAGGGCGCCCUCGAUAUGCGCCGCAAAAUCUUCUACUGUGCUUACAGCCUAGACCGAGCCAUCAGCAUGGUCCACGCCCGGACAUUCUCCUUCACCGACGACUCCACCAACGUCCUUUUCCCCAACUCGCUGAUGAAGCAGCCGUCGUAUUCGUCGAGCCCGGCGCUGCUCCUCUUCCAGCUCCGCCGAGCCCAGUCGUACUGGUACCAGGAGCUGUACCAGACGCACUCGACGGUGCCGCUGCACGACCCGACUUCCUUCGUGUGGCAGAUGUGCCUCGAGAUGCGCGAGUGGGGGGAGUCUCUGCCGCGGGACCUGCCACCGGCUAUCCGCCAGGUCUUUGACCAAGAGCUCCUGUACAGCUACGUGUACUGCAUCGCGCCGUCGAGCCGCGCCCCCGACAUCACCGACUACAGCCGCACCCUCAUCUUCGAGUACUCGGUCACCUACCUGGACACGAUGCACCAGACGGCCCACCAUGGCGACGACCUCGUCAGCAGCAUGCCCUUCUACACCUACCACGACGCCCUCAAGGUCUACUUCAUGGCCAACCAGCUUCUCGCCGUCCUCCUCGACGCCGAGAACAUGCUCCUCACGGGGCCCCAGACGCCCCCUCCCGCCUACCGUCCCAACGCACCCCCUCCCCCCCCGGUCCCCCGGGUCCGCAACGGUAACGCCAGCGCCGGCAGCUACGGCGAGUACGCCAACCUGGGUGGUGCCGGCGCCGGCGCCGGAAGCAACCUGGACAGGAGCAUCGGCUGCCUCGAGCGCGUCGACGAGACCCUCGCAAAGUUUGGUGAGCGGUGGGAGGAGUCGGCCAUGCUCAAGGUCAGCUUCGAGAGGAUCUCGGGCGACGUAAUCGACAGGCUCAAGAGACGCAAGGAGAUUGCGGGGGAUGCCGCCACCAUGAGUCUUCAUCAACAUCAGCAGCAGCAGCAGCAGCAGCAGCAGCAGCAGCAGUCACAACCGGCAUACUACAACGCUGACCUCGGCGACCGGCUGGAUAUGUCGCAGCGCCGGCCGCACCACGUCGUGCCGUCUGGAGAUGUGCAAUGGGGCGGCAGCGUACAGCGACAGAUGAUGCCCCAUCCCGGCCAGCCUGGGCCGCAAUGA